CCCUGUGACCGAAAAAAAACAGACAGGGAGACGGUGGGGUGGAGUACAGGAAGCCGCUGUCCCUGAAUAUCCGAACAUGGACCAAAUCUAAAAGAGAACUACUAAAUUCCAGUUUCGGUUUAGCUACAUUUUUCCAAACCAGUGGCUGCGGAUUAGUUUUUUUUUUCUGGAUCGAGUCGGAGAUUUAGGCGAGAAGAUCAUCAUGUCUCGGGGAGUGAUCCAGCCCAGCCAGCAGAAACUGGCAGAAAAACUCACCAUCCUCAACGACAGAGGCAUCGGGAUGUUGACCCGUGUUUACAAUAUCAAAAAGCAAGGACAAGUUUGGAAGGCAUGUGGCGAUCCCAAGGCUAAGCCCUCCUAUCUCGUUGACAAAAAUCUGGAGUCUGCUGUUAAAUUUAUUGUUAGGAAGUUUCCCGCUGUGGAGACUCGCAACAAUAACCAACAGCUGGCUCAGCUGCAGAAAGAAAAAUCUGAAAUUCUGAAGAACUUGGCUCUCUACUAUUUUACCUUUGUGGAUGUCAUGGAAUUCAAGGACCAUGUGUGUGAGCUGCUGAACACAGUCGACGCCUGCCAGGUCUUCUUUGAUAUUACGGUGAACUUUGACCUGACCAAGAACUACCUGGACCUGGUGGUGACCUACACUACUCUGAUGAUAAUCCUGUCUCGCAUCGAGGAGAGGAAAGCCAUCAUAGGACUCUACAACUACGCUCACGAGAUGACGCAUGGAUCCAGUGACAGGGAAUACCCCAGGCUGGGCCAGAUGAUCGUUGAUUAUGAGAACCCUUUGAAGAAGAUGAUGGAGGAGUUUGUUCCACAUGGAAAGUCCCUGUCGGAGGCCUUGAUCAGCCUUCAGGUGGUUUAUCCCAGGAGGAAUCUGUCUGCUGACCAGUGGAGGAAUGCUCAGCUGCUCUCUCUCAUCUCUGCUCCCUCCACAAUGCUCAACCCGGCUCAGUCAGACACGAUGCCUUGUGAAUACCUGUCUCUGGACACGAUGGAGAAGUGGAUUGUGUUUGGUUUCAUUCUGUGCCACGCGAUGCUGAACAGCGACGCCGCGGCCUUGUCUCUGUGGAAGUUGGCUCUGCAGAGCUCCACUUGCCUCUGUCUGUUCAGGGAUGAAGUCUUCCACAUCCACAAGGCUGCAGAGGACCUGUUUGUGAACAUCAGAGGAUACAACAAACGCAUCAAUGACAUCAGGGAGUGCAAAGAACAGGCGCUGUCUCAUGCGGGCUCCAUGCACAGAGAGAGACGCAAAUUCCUCCGAUCUGCUCUGAAGGAGCUGGCUACGGUUUUAGCCGACCAGCCUGGACUCCUCGGUCCAAAGGCAUUAUUUGUGUUCAUGGCAUUGUCGUUCGCCCGGGACGAAAUCAUCUGGCUGCUUCGACACGCCGACAACAUCCAGAAGAAAAGCACCGAUGAUUUCAUUGACAAACACAUAGCAGAGCUGAUCUUCUACAUGGAGGAGCUCAGAGCUCACGUCAGGAAAUAUGGUCCUGUGAUGCAGAGAUACUACGUCCAGUACCUGUCUGGAUUCGAUGCUGUGGUUCUGAAUGAGAUGGUGCAGAACUUGUCGGUGUGUCCUGAGGAUGAAUCUAUAAUCAUGUCUUCGUUUGUCAACACCAUGACCUCCCUCAGUGUCAAACAAGUGGAAGAUGGAGAAGUGUUUGAUUUCAGAGGCAUGAGGCUGGACUGGUUCAGACUGCAGGCCUACACCAGUGUUUCUAAAGCCAGUCUUGGAAUUGCUGAUCACAAGGAGCUGGGUAAAAUGAUGAACACCAUCAUCUUCCAUACAAAGAUGGUAGACUCUCUGGUAGAGAUGCUGGUAGAGACGUCGGACUUGUCUAUUUUCUGUUUCUACAGCCGUGCAUUUGAAAAAAUGUUCCAGCAGUGCUUGGAGCUUCCCUCCCAGAGCCGCCACUCCAUCUGCUUCCCUCUGCUUUGCGCACACUUCAUGUCCUGCACACAUGAGCUCUGUCCAGAGGAGCGUCACCACAUCGGGGAUCGAAGCCUGUCUCUGUGCAACAUGUUCCUGGAUGAGAUGGCCAAACAGGCCAGAAACCUGAUCACUGACAUCUGCACUGAGCAGUGCACGCUCAGCGACCAGCUGCUUCCUAAGCACUGCGCUAAAACUAUCAGCCAGGCCGUGAACAAGAAGAGCAAGAAGGCGACGGGCAAGAAAGGCGAGCCGGAGAGGGAGAAACCAGGAGUGGAGAGCAUGAGGAAGAACCGACUUCUGGUCACCAAUCUAGAUAAACUCCACACAGCGUUAUCUGAACUCUGCUUCUCCAUCAACUACGUUCCCAACCUGGUGGUGUGGGAGCACACGUUCACACCGAGAGAGUACCUCACCUCCCACCUGGAGAUCCGAUUCACCAAGUCUAUCGUUGGAAUGACCAUGUACAACCAGGCCACGCAGGAGAUAGCCAAGCCCAGCGAGCUGCUGACCAGUGUCCGAGCCUACAUGACAGUGUUGCAGUCCAUUGAGAACUACGUCACCAUCGACAUCACUCGGGUUUUCAAUAACGUCCUCCUGCAGCAGACGCAGCACCUGGACAGCCACGGCGAGCCCACCAUAACCAGCUUAUACACAAACUGGUACUUGGAGACGUUGCUUCGUCAGGUCAGUAACGGACACAUUGCUUAUUUUCCUGCCAUGAAGGCCUUCGUCAACCUGCCCACUGAGAACGAGCUGACGUUCAACGCUGAGGAAUACUCCGACAUCUCCGAAAUGCGUUCACUGUCAGAGCUGUUGGGGCCGUAUGGUAUGAAGUUUCUCAGUGAGAGUCUGAUGUGGCACAUUGCUUCGCAGGUUUCUGAGCUGAAGAAACUGGUGGUGGAAAACAUGGAGGUGUUGACCCAGAUGAGGACAAGCUUCGACAAACCGGACCAUAUGGCUGCACUCUUUAAGAAACUCACCUCUGUGGACAGCGUGUUGAAGAGGAUGACCAUCAUUGGAGUCAUCCUGUCCUUCCGCUCCCUGGCUCAGGAAGCUUUGAGAGACGUGCUGUCGUGUCACAUUCCCUUUCUGGUCAGUUCAGUGGAGGAUUUUAAGGACCACAUUCCCAGAGAGACCGACAUGAAGGUGGCCAUGAACGUCUACGAGCUGUCCUCAGCUGCUGGUUUACCCUGUGAGAUCGACCCGGCCCUGGUGGUGGCGCUGUCGUCUCAGAAGAGCGAGAACAUCAGUCCAGAGGAGGAGUAUAAAAUCGCCUGUCUGCUGAUGGUGUUUGUGGCGGUCUCUUUGCCCACGCUGGCGAGCAACGUGAUGUCACAGUACAGCCCGGCCAUCGAGGGCCACUGUAACAACAUCCACUGCUUGGCCAAAGCCAUCAACCAGAUCGCCGCUGCGCUCUUCACCAUCCACAAGGGCAGCAUCGAGGACCGACUCAAAGAGUUCCUGGCUCUGGCCUCGUCCAGCCUGCUGAAGAUCGGCCAGGAAACGGACAAGAUGACGACGCGCAACAGAGAGUCUGUCUACCUGCUGCUGGACAUGAUCGUGCAGGAGUCUCCCUUCCUCACCAUGGACCUGCUGGAGUCCUGCUUCCCUUACGUCCUGCUGAGGAACGCCUACCACGCCGUCUACAAACAGAGCAUCAGUGCCAGCGCGUGAACACGCUCCUGCCCGAGCCGUGAACACUACCGGAGUACACUAAACCCAGACUAAACACACUAAUCAGUGUCUCAGCGUACUGACAGAUUCUGAUGUGGAGCACACUAAAGAAGUACCUGAAACUACAAAUACCAAACAAAACAAACAGACGACCACUACACACACACACACACACACACACACACACACUAGCUGGACAAAGUUAGGGAUCAGUGUUUAUUUCUUUUUUCCAUGAUGUUGCCAGGGACCACAACCACAACGACACAAUGUUUUAAAGAACAAACUUAUAAAGAUAUAGAAUAUAUAAAUAUAUAUAUAUAGCUGGCACUGAAAUAUCUUUUUUCCUUAUUAUUUUAUUAAACGUUUUGAGAUUUCUAUCGUCCAGCUGAAACUUGGGUGUUGAUUUGGAUGCUUGUUUUGCAAAUGCAAACAAUUCUGAUGUGAUGUGGGGCUUUUAUUUUUUUAUUUUUUCUGUUACCUGGG